GUUCCUCAGCCUCGGAAAUGUCGACUUUUGUGUUUCUGAUGGCUUUCCUCCUGCUAAUUUCCGGCGGCGCUCCUUGCUACAACGGCUACCCCUACUCCUCCUACGGAUCCUAUUUUCCCUACUAUAACUACUACAACACCUACCCCUACCCGUAUUACUACGGUAACUACGGCUAUGGUGGUUACGGCUGUUGAUAUCCGAAAAGCUAUGCAGGAGCCUCACGAAAGACCGAGCAGAAAAAUCACCAACUGUUUACUUCUGAAAAAGUGCCGGAUGACUCAAUUACACACUGUUAUACUGGUGGCUGUUACUCUAAUCAAUGCAGUUUUAUCGUGCCUUUGCCCGCGGGGAAUUUAUCCCUGCAAUCCUCCUUGCAUUCGUUAUCCUGACUAUGGAGGCUAUGGGGCUUACUAUCCAGUACCGGUGGCACCCGUUGGCAUCGCAGGAAUUGAUUCAGCAACAGGUGCGGUAGUUGGAGCAAUUAUUGGCGGAUUGGCUGGAUUGUUGAGUGGAGCAAAGAAGAAAUAAAGACAUGGCACCUCUUCCAGAAGAAAGG